AGCCUGAACUCCAACAUGAAGGCUUUCGUUUGCUUGAUGGUCCUUGUAGCUAGUUGUUCUGCGGGAUAUUUGAGCGGAGGAGGAGGACAUGGCGGAUUUGGCGGCGGAUAUGGAGGAUUCGGUGGAGGACACGGCGGUUUUGGCGGAGGACACGGUGGUUUCGGCGGAGGAUUUGGUGGAGGCCACGGUGGUUUUGGUGGAGGACACGGAGAUUUUGGCGGAGGAUUUGGUGGAGGACACGGAGGUUUUGGCGGAGGAUUUGGCGGAGGACACGGAGGCUUUGGCGGAGGACACGGAGGUUUUGGCGGAGGACAUGGUGGCCUUGGCGGAGGAUAUGGUGGUGGCCAUGGUGGAGGAUUUGGCGGGUUUGGCGGGGGGAAAGGAGGCGGUUUGAGUAGUGGUGCGAUUGCUGGUAAAUUCGGUGGUAUAAUCGGUGGAGGAAUUGGUGCUUUGAGUAGCGGUCAUGGUGGAUCCUUUGGCAGCGGAUACGGAGGCGGUCAUAGUGGAUAUGGUGGUGGAUUUGGAGGUGGUCAUGGUGGUGGAUUCGGAGGUGGAUUUGGAGGUGGUCACGGUGGUGGUUUCGGAGGUGGUCACGGCGGCGGAGGAUACGGUGGUGGCGGAAAAGGAUGGUAGACGAAAGAGAUGUCAUUGCUAAGUAAACCAAGUUGCUAUAUUUUUAUGUCAUUUUGUUAAUAUUAUUUAGAUAUGAAAAUAAAUUUGUAAGGCUAUUCGUAUAUUAUUUCAGAUCUAGGUAAAAUAUCAUCGCGUUAAGCUUGGAGCACAGACAACGAUAUUAUCAAAUUUUUCUUCCUGUACGUUCAAUCAAAGGUUGAAAGUCCUUGUCGAAUAAGCGUGUGAUAUCUAUGCUGUGAGGUGUAAUGGCACCAAAAAGAUUAUGUGUAAUGCGCAAAGCAGAUCAAAUUUUACGAUUGUAGAGGAUCCAAGCGCACCUUUUUUAUUGCAU